AUGCCUAAAACUUUUCAUAUCAGGACACUGGAAGCUCCAUGGCAUCGGUUGGAAGGCAAUAUAGCCAUGGAUAGUGAAGGUAAAGGCUUGGCGAAAAGUGGUUUCUUCAUAGUUCCUCCUGAAGCAUUCUUUGAAAUGGAUAUUUGGAUGAGUGACAAUGCUUUGUUGACUAUUUUGGAAAGCAUGGGAAACAAGUUGAUGACUUGGAGUCGAAAAGGAUCGUAUAAUGGAAAUGGAUGGUAUCGUUUACGAAUUCCAAUAAAAACAACCAAGCAACCGAUUCAGUUAUUGUUGAAAGGAGCAGUCCCACCCAAUAAUUUCAUAACUAUUUCUAAUACUAAACUUGUGAAUAAUAGUGGGGAUGAAAUUAGCUGUGAUGUGAGUACUCUAAACUCCGUCAAGUCUCAUUUUAACAGUACAGAAAGACUGACAGCAUUUCAACAAUUGCACAUAAAUCAGAUGAAACCCACGACAAUGAUUCUGAAGGAGAGAGAUAACGAAUUCGCUCGUUCAUUUACCAGUAACAUCAUUGAAAGACAGAAUUUCUACAGUGGAGGAUCUUUUACUGCACCGAUGAUAAACUCGAAUUACACUUUAGCUUUUAAUCCGAAAGUCAAAGAAAUCCAGAAGUCACUACUGUCAAAUGGUAAAAUUGACGAACAUUUAAAGAAUCAAUCUGAGUUUCCAUCUGGAAUCAUAGAGGAUGCUACAAAGCAACAGCAACAAUAUAAGCUGAACACUACUCUUCCAUUAUUACCAUUUCGGCAUCAUGCUGGUCUUGAGCAAAAAUUUGUUACUUUAGUUGGCAUCCGACUUGGAUAG